UUUCAUUCGCUUCAGAGGAAAGCGAGGUACGAGUAGGUUUCCUGAGGAGCCGAGGAUUGGUUCCGAGUCAGGCGGUCGGGUCUGCGUCGGUGGCGCUUCCCCGAGUCCUGAGGCUGUAUGUGACUUGACACCGUGUUCUCUCCUUUCUCACUUGGCCAUUUAACGACCGAAGGCCUUUCCUGCGCCCAUCACAAGCGCGAUCCCGGGAUGUUAUGUCGCCCAGGCAUUCGUAGCUAAUUCAGCUCUAUGACUGUCUUAUUGCAAUCGACGCUCUCUUUUGACUGUAGUAUCAUCCGGACUUCUCUCAGUGCGGCAGCCCUUAUCAGUGAUAACAAUCCAUAUUCCUCUUUUGGAGCAACUCUGGAGAGGGAUGAUGAAAAGAAUUUAUGGAGCAUGCCUCAUGACGUGUCUCACACAGAGGCAGAUGAUGACAGGAUCUUGUAUAAUCUGAUAGUCAUUCGUAAUCAGCAGACCAAAGACUCAGAGGAGUGGCAAAGACUCAACUAUGAUAUCUACACCCUGCGGCAGAUCCGCAGGGAAGUGAGGAACAGAUGGAGACGGAUCUUAGAAGAUUUGGGCUUUCAAAGGGAAGCUGACUCUUUGUUGUCAGUGACCAAACUCAGCACCAUGAGUGAUUCUAAAAACACGAGGAAAGCCCGAGAGAUGCUGUUAAAACUGGCUGAAGAGACCUCUAUCUUCCCGGCCAGCUGGGAGCUCUCCGAGAGGUAUCUCUUGAUUGUGGACCGGCUCAUUGCUCUUGAUGCUGCUGAGGACUUCUUUAAGAUUGCUAGCCAAAUGUACCCCAAGAAACCUGGGGUCCCGUGCCUGGUAGACUGCCAGAGAAAACUGCACUACCCUCCAUUUCCAAGUCCGUAAAGGGAGGCUCAGAAGAGUAGAGGCUUUUUACCGUGACACAGGAAUUUACCAAAGUUGCACUGCUGCCUGCGGUUUCGAGUGAGCCAGUCAAACACUAUUGUGAAUUCUACAAAAUGGAAGGUCUUCUUCAGGACCUUCACCUAAGGAUGCUCUGGCUGCAUUAAAACACCUGGUGGCCACCAUGCAUCCAGAAUGGAAGUUAAAGAGUUGGUGGGUGGGUAGUUCUUUCUGGAUAGUCAAGUUCCAAGAAGUCACGGGCUCAUUGGUUAUAUAAGCUACAGUCGUUCCUUCUGUGGAGGACUGGUGUUUUCUACUCAGCACAACAGUAUGAUGAAUAGAGAAGGGUGUAACAGAGCCCUCAAUUACAUCACCAACUUCAAGGUAAUCAUUAUUAAGUGUAAUACUAGACAAGGUGCCCCAGAUUCCAUAAAACCCUAGGCCUUGUGUGACCUCUCUUUGAUUCAGAAACAUCUGCAGCAGCUGAGAUGCUGUUUGGGGCAUUCCUUUGAGCAUCAGGCAUGGUUAUUUAGAAGUAUAGGUGAGCCAGACAAUAGAGGUGUGUAGACGUGCAGCCCAGAUAGCACAACUUCCUGUAGCUAAGUGUCUUCAUCUGUGACUCGAGUACCCUGAAUCCUCGGCAAAUCCCCAGCACUGAAGUUACCCAAUUGCCUCCAUUUUUUUUUAACACGUUGUCCAUUUCUGAUCCAAAAGCCCUUAACAUUUUUAUGAAAAAUAGCAUCUGUAAACUGGAAUAUUUGGCCUCUACUUCCUGUCUUGAAUCUGUGUUCUGAUUAUCAGCUGAGGGUUGCAGCUGCCCAGGGACCUUUUUGUGCAGACUUGUAGAUAUGCAGGCAGUGGCAUAUGCUGACAGUGCUCACUGCUGGGUCUUCACUGUGAAGGUGAUUUUUCAGAAUGGAGAUAUGCUAACAGUACAGCUUGCACACAGAAUGAGAGCCAUGUUUCCCAAGCUCAUAAGCAAGGAGCUUGCCAAGAGAUCGUGGUUCGUUUUGUUGAAAAGCCUUUAAAGACCUGUGGGAUUUAUCUGUAGACUUCUGAGAACAAUAGAAAUAUUUUUAUUUUUUAAUAAUUUUGCACUUCUGACGUCAGGUGGAAAAUAAAUUUGUAUUAGUCUGUUCAGGGGAUUGUGACUUGAAAAAUUUCAUAUCCUAAAGAAGGUUUUUUUUUUUUUGGUUUUGGUUUUGUUUUGCGUGUAUCCUCCAUGUUUAAAAUAUUUACCAGGAAACACAUGCCCCCCAUUCAUUAAUAUAUUGUAGACUAGUUUCCUGAAUUUCAGAAAAAUUCUUCCUAGUUUAAUAAGUAAGGUAAAAGUUUUAUUUUAUUUUUUUAAGUAUUUAGUGCUUAUCCUCUACUUCAUAUUGUUUAAAAUUAGCCUGCAAAUAUUUUCAGUCACAUCUGUGGGCUAUCAGAAGAUAAACAAUAAAAUAAACAAAAAAAAUCUUAGAAUGCUGUAUUUUAAUCUCUCAGAAUUUGCUGUGACUUUUGUCUUCUUUGAUGUCAAAGUAGAUGAAAUUGUCUGUGUCUGUGAAUUGUAAACCAUUCACCAUAGUUUUUAUUUUUUGGUAACAAGUAAGGAUGAAAGUAUCUCUGUGGUAACUGAAAUACAUGCAAUCACCCCAGGAGAUGUUUCCCCAAGGAAUUAAAAGAUUUCUUUGUGUGCCUUUAA